AUGGAUAAAUUAGAAGAAAAAAAAUUUCAAAAUAAUGUUUCAAAUCUUUAUAGUCAUGAAGAAUUGCUUGUUGCUAAAAAAACAUUGAAUUCUGAAUUGGAUAAUAUAAAAAAAGAAAGAAAAGUAAAAGCUUCAACCAGAAGAAGAAAUACCAAGUUUGAUAUAAUGCUUGAUAUUGUUGAUUUGAUAAAAUAUAUGUCGACAAAUGAUCUUUGUCAACAUUUGCCAACAUUUGGGAUUUUAAACAUAAAAAAAAUACCUGAUUUUAUGUCGAAUAAUAUGUUGGAGGCAAUAAAUGAGAAAAAUGACAAAAUGGCCGCCGUGCUUAUGGCGCAUGAUACAAACUCUCGCACAAAUCUUGCUACGUGUAAUGUCUACGAUACAAAUGUUAAUCGCAUUAAAAAUGAAACAAUCGAUACUUCAUGGUCAAAUAUUUUAGUGUCAAAAACAAAUAAAACUGAUUGUGAGUUACAAUCUGACGAUAAUGUUUCUGACGAUCGUAUGACACUCGUUCAGCGCAUUUUCUACAUUGGGAAUGUCAAACUACCUGACAGUUCCAAAAUAGAAAAACACUGUGAAAAUAGAGGAAUCAAUUUGAUUUCCUGUUAUCCGGCCUCUAAACGUGUAGAAAAUGAUGAUGAAAUAAAAUACUCCUCAUUCAGAUUGUGUGUCCCGGCCGAGGAGUAUGGCAAGGUGAUGACUGCUUCAAACUGGCCUGCCUCAGUUGUCAUUCGUGAAUGGAUCUUCAAUAAAGAUAACACCAACUCCUCGAACACUCUGCCCAGUGCCAAGACAAAUGCAUCUGCUAUGAAAGAUGUUAACAACACCGAAAAAAACAGCGGCGUCAGCAGAUCAGAUAUCUGA